AUGGAGUCCACGGUCGAAUUUUCACCUGCGAUCCUACGCCCUAAGCCUUUUGAUGCUCAGAUGCGCAUCCAAGAACUCCGGGGCUACUAUCAACCCGAACAACAGCACAUCAAUAUCAAAGCCGCCAUUAAGCUUUAUGAGGAUGGGGAAAUCGACGGUGUGCAGCAUGUCUUCAUAAAGGAUGGAAAGCUUGUGACCAAAAAGGAGAUCUUUGCUACAGGAGGUUGGUCCUGA